AUGACCAAGCACAUUGAUAUUCAGUACAAUUUCAAUAAAGAUCAUAUUUUAAAAGGAAGCAUCAAACUCAUUUUUGUUCCAUCUGAUGAUGAAAUUGCUGAUGUCUUAACUAAGACAUUAGACGAAACCAAAUUUAAUGGGUUUCUGGACAAAAUGGGAAUGAUGAUGUCGGAUCCACAAUUCUUCCAAGAGGCUUGGACCCCUACCUCUGAUUCUAAGCUUUCUAAAGCUGGAGCCGUCUCUCCUACUUCGAAAGCCCCAACCGGUCCGAUACCUAGUUCAAGUAAAGGAAGAUCGGGUAUUUUUGACAAAGACUGGUAUGAUUUUGUUAACAUGGCUCAUUCUAUUCAUUCGGGGCAAACUAGAGCACAAGUGGCGUAUACAAUUAUUUCAAUGUGUCAAAGAGUUCUUCAAAUUCAUCUUCCAUUCACUUUUCCAUCUGAUGAAGAGACUGGCCAAGUAUUUCAUCUUUCCGAAGGAGCUCAUGAAACCACUACAGGAGAUAUUCCUGAUCCCACAAUUGUUUCGGAUGAUCCUCAAAUGAUGUUCACAAGUGAUGAAACUCCCAACCCUCCCUCCCAUGAAGAUCAUUCAGAUGAUGUAAUGUUUGACAAUGAUACCACAUAUGUUGGUGCCUUUCUGAUUCUCACAUAUUUCAAAAUGUUACAUAAGCCUUCCUCCUCCAAACCAUUGUAUGAUUUCAGUCUUUUCUCCUCGUUGGAAGAAUCCAAAGAAGAAGAAGUAUAUGUUGAUGCCAACACACAAGGCAAUCAAGACAAUGAAUAUCAAUCCAAUCCAGUUGAUAAUGAGGAGCCUUUAGAACCUCAAGAUGAUGUUGAUAAUGAUGAAGAUGAUAAGAAGUUUGAGAGUUUUACCUCGGAAACAUGA